UGCAGGUUUCUCUCUCUCUCUUUCUCUCUGUCUCUCUCUCUCUCUCAUCUCUCCCCAUUCACUCCCAAUUCCUCUCUGUCCUAUCCAAUAAAAAAUAAAGGAAAGAAAGGCAAAAUGGCUACCUGGAGUGGUGGAUUCAUAGUGCUGGCACAGAGCUCCAGUAAUAACACUGGUGGCAAUAAAAAAUAAAAAUAAAUAAAAAAGAAAGUAAAGAAAAUACAAACUCAGAAUCUUGAAAUUUCAGAAUCUUAAAACUCUUGCAAAUAGACACUGUAACUUAGGAAUUAAAAUCCUUUAUUUUAAUUAUCUUUAUUUCUUCAAUGGAGAUAUCCAGAAGUUGAGAGGAUAGGGUAAGAUAGAGAGGGAGAGAGACAGAGAGACACCCGCAGCACUCCUUCACCACUUUCAAAGCUUUCCCUCUGCAGGUGGGGACCAGAGACUUGAACCCAGGUCCUUGUGCUUUGUAACAUGUGCACUCAACUAGGUACACCACCACCCAACCCCAGGACUUUAUAUCUUUAAACAUAAAAACUACUCUGAUUGCCUUGGAAGAUUUGGUAUCAUGAAACAUUAGACAUUUAGAAAUUCUGUAUUUCAGAAAGAGAAGUGUGGAUCCUGGAGGCCAUUUCAUCUAGGUCCAUCUUUGCACAGAUGAUGAAAUGAAGACCUGUGGAGGUGAUGUUGGUAGUCUUGUCCAGGAUCAGAGGUGCCAAGGUGUUUGUGCCCUCCUUUUCUCAAUAGUUUCCCUUCCAAGGACUCACCCAGGAAUCGCCUUUAUCUGUUAUUCCCACAUUUGCCUCUCUUUGAAAUAAUUCUCUUGCCAAAAUCUUGAUUCAUCUACAUGUGGUGCUCCAAUCAAACUCCACCUCUUAUGUCAUCCUUCACUCCCAGCUAAAGGAGAAAUAUGGCCCUGUCUUCACUGUGUACAUGGGACCUCGGCCGGUAGUUGUUUUGUGUGGACAUGAAGCAGUGAAGGAGGCCCUGGUAGACAAGGCAGAUGACUUCAGUGGCCGUGGAGAACUGGCUUCAAUUGAACGAAACUUUCAAGGUUAUGGGGUCGCUCUAGCUAAUGGAGAACGUUGGAGAAUUCUCCGACGUUUCUCUCUGACCAUUCUCCGGGACUUUGGAAUGGGAAAGCGAAGCAUUGAGGAGAGGAUCCAGGAGGAGGCUGGCUUCCUAUUAGAGGAAUUACGGAAGACCAAAGGUGAGCCCAUCGACCCCACUUUUUUCCUGAGCCGCACUGUCUCCAAUGUCAUCAGUUCCGUGGUCUUUGGAAGCCGCUUUGACUAUGAGGACAAGCAGUUCCUGAAGCUGCUGCAGAUGAUCAAUGAAAGUUUCAUUGAGAUGAGCACACCCUGGGCACAGCUGUAUGAUAUGUAUUCUGGGGUCAUGCAGUAUUUGCCAGGCAGGCACAACCGCAUCUAUUACUUGAUAGAGGAGCUCAAGGACUUCAUCGCCUCUAAGGUCAAGGUGAAUGAAGCCUCUCUGGACCCACAAAACCCUCGAGAUUUCAUCGACUGCUUUAUCAUCAAGAUGCACCAGGAUAAAAAUAAUCCCAACACAGAAUUCAAUCUGAAGAACUUGGUCCUCACCACUCUCAACCUCUUCUUUGCUGGCACAGAGACCGUGAGCUCAACACUGCGUUAUGGAAUGUUGCUGCUGCUGAAGUAUCCGGAGGUGGAAGUGAAGAUUCAUGAAGAGAUUGACCAGGUGAUUGGGCCACACAAGAUUCCGAGUGUGGAUGACAGGGUGAAGAUGCCUUACACAGACGCCGUGAUCCACGAGAUUCAGAGACUGACAGAUAUUGUGCCCAUGGGUGUCCCUCACAAUGUCAUCCGGGAUACUCAAUUCAGAGGCUACCUCCUGCCUAAGGGCACUGAUGUGUUUCCUCUGCUUGGCUCAGUCCUCAAAGACCCCAAAUACUUCCGCUACCCAGAUGCCUUCUAUCCCCAACACUUCCUGGAUGAGCAGGGCCGCUUCAGGAAGAAUGAAGCCUUUGUGCCUUUUUCCUCUGGAAAACGCAUCUGCCUGGGGGAGGCCAUGGCCCGCAUGGAACUCUUCCUCUACUUCACCUCCAUCCUUCAGAACUUCUCCCUACGAUCCCUGGUGCCACCCAAGGAUAUUGAUAUCACUCCAAAGGUGUCUGGCUUUGGCAACAUCCCCCCCACCUAUGAGCUUUGCCUCAUGGCCCGCUGAGUGCUCUCUACUGGGAUCAGAAGGAAGAUUCAAGAACAGAGCUCUGUCCUCAAGUCCUUCACCCACUCCUCUCUCUCUGACUUCUGCAGGCAUCCUUACGAAGCCACUGUUGCUACUUUCAUGGGCCCAUAGUAGAGCCAGGUCUCUGCAAGUAGGGUGCUGUCUUUCCUUGAUUACAAAAAUCAACAUCUUGCUGAAGAAUUUAAGGAUAGCUUGCCAAAUUUACAUUCUCCUGGUCAUCUCUGACUUCCUCUUGUAGAUUCCAUGUCUGUGUUGUUGUCUUUCUGUCCUGAUCAUGACCAAAAUGUAGACUUCACUCCCUUCCACAUUAGUUCUGGGGCAUAGAACUUUGGUGGUGGGUGUGAUGUGGAACUAUACCCUAUAAUCUUACAAUUUCACAACCCACUACUAAUCAUAAUAAAUAAUGGUUUGACAAAAAAAAACAAACAAAUAAACAAACAAAAAAUCCUGA